AUGAAAUACAAGUGUCGGUAUAUUUAGUUAAUUAGUGUAUUGGUUUGAGUGGUUACAGCGGGUCCUGAUAAUGACUUCCAUGAGAAAUGCCAGUAUCCAGUACGAUAAUAAAUCGGUACGAUAAAGUUCUAGGGCGGCCCUUCCGUCCAGCGUUUUUGUGUACACUUUUGUACUAAGGUUAUACUGUGUACAUUAUUUUUCAUUUUGGGAGUGAAUUCCUUUAAAGUAGAUUAUAAUGAACCCAACGGAAUAAUGGAUGUAAACAGCAAUUACGUCCUAAAUGAGGACUAUUAUGAAACUUUAAAGGAAAAUUCUAAUAAUUAUGAAAACGAAUAUUAUGAACUAAACGUCAAUGAAGUUUUGGAUACAAGAGAAAAAAAAAGUCCAGCAGUUUGUACCGUUAAAAAAGUAUUGAGGACUCACCCUCAAGAUGGAUAUGAAUAUCACCCAAAGCAUUACCACGAGUACGAAUGUGUACCAGUUCCUAAGGGAAUAAUUGACGUCGAUUUUUCUGAUCAAGAUAUUUGCGUAGUUCAACACACAGAAUGCAUAACAGUGGAAAAGAAUUUACUAUUUGCCAGGCAGCUAAUGGCAAUUCCUUCACCUACUUGCGCAAUGGAACCUCACGAGAGGCCUGUUAAAGUAGGAUGCAACUGCAUGCAUCACGUUAAACAUCGCUUCCGCUAAAAUAGUGUUGUUACUCAUGCGUUGAUUGUACGUACAGUCGGAAAAAUAAAAGAAUACCCAUGAACGAACAUAUAAAACACGCUCUAUUUUCCUGUCGCCUUGUCACACAAAAAAUUGGCCAGCGCAAGUACAUGUAUUAAUUAUUAUUACAUGCACUUGCGCUGGGCAAUUUUCUUUGUGACACGGUGACAGGAAAAUACAGCGUGUUUUAUAUGUUCGUUCAUGGGUAUUCUUUCAUUUUUCCGACUGUAUUAAUUUUGUGGCAUUUUAUAAAUAAAUCAUAAAAUAUUU